UCGUCGAAGGAUACGGUAGAGAUAUUAUCGUAGUCAAUCUUUCAAUCUCUGAUCGUGCAACGUCAAGUCGUUAUACCAGCUUAUUCAAUAUUCAAACGAGGAUUGAAGUCGACAAAGCCAACAUGGAGCGGCAACCCCCAAAGUACGAAUUUCUAUCCAAGGAGAAGACAAAGGAGAUGCUGAAAUUGUUCAACGGCGAGAGAACCGGUUGGGUACAAGUAGGUCCGCAGAAAUGGUUCUUUCCGUACAGAUAUACGGAACACGGUGCUGGAUAUUAUAAUUUUAAAGCCAGGCCAGAUGAUACCUGGGUAGUGACUUUUCCAAGAUCAGGCACUACAUGGACGCAAGAACUAGUCUGGCUGCUAUCGAACAAUUUGGAUUUUGAGACAGCGAAGACGCAAUUUCUUGCUCAGAGAUUUCCCUUUUUUGAAUUCAGCAUAUUCAAUCAUCCUGAGGUGACACAGGAAUUUCUGGAGAUCAAUAAAGGUAAUGAAGUGAAUGAGCAGAUCUGCCGGAAGAUAGCCAAGCCCGGCUAUGAAGUUCUCGCGUCGAUACCGUCGCCCAGAUUUAUCAAAACUCACUUUCCACUCAGCUUGUUGCCAGAAAUUCUGGAUAUCGGUUGCAAGGUCAUCUACGUAGCGCGUAAUCCGAAGGACGUUGCAGUCUCGUGGUAUUACAUGAGCGUGGGAAUGAAAACGCAAGGAUUUCUCGGUGAUUUCGCUACCUUUUGGGAUUACUUUGAAAAUGAUCUUACUUAUUGGGGCCCGUAUUGGACACAUUUGAAGGAAGCCUGGGCUCUGAAGAAUCACCCGAACCUUCUAUUUUUGUUUUACGAAGACAUGCAACAUGAUUUCCUGAAAAUAAUUAGAAGGAUUGCAAAGUUUCUGGGCAAAACAUAUACCGACGAGCAAUUAAAUGAGCUGGCGGAUUACCUGAAUAUCAACAAUUUCCGGAACAAUCCGAUGGUCAACAGUAGCGAGUUGAAGAACUGCAAAUUCAUAGCAGAAGGGAUCUUCAUUAGGAAAGGUGUCAGUGGUGGAUGGAAGGACAUCUUUACGCCGGAGCUCACUGCUAGAGCGGACAAGUGGAUCGAGGAAAAUCUUAAGAAUACUGAUUUGCGUUUCCCGUACUUCGACAAUAACAAUUGAGUCGAGGAACGAUCAAGCAGUUCCCGUAGGUCGAGAAAAAUAGUAUCGGGAAGAUCUCGAUGAAAGAUUUCUAUCGUGAAGGAAGAUCAAUCGGUGUAUUCAUCUUUGAUACAUCGAAGGAAAGAAACACGAAAUAUAUAUAUAUAUAUCUCUCUCUCUCUCUCUCUCUCUCUCUCUCUCUCUCUCUCUCUCUCUCUCUCUCUCUCUUUCAUCUGGAAAAUGAUGUUUGUGCGAUAAUAAUCUAUAAAAGAAAACAUAAGUCAUAGUUAAUAGAACAUAUCAAGUUAAUCCAGAGAUGUUUUUUUUUCAUGAAAUGCACAUUUCAUUUGGCGGUAUAUUUCUAUUUUAAAAAUACUUUGCUCAUACUUGAAUACUUAUUUAGUGUUUAUGGAAAGAAGCUUUUGAAACAACCUAAUAUUAAUAGGGAUAAUAAACGUUUGGCAGGUGAUACUGUUAGA